UCUAAGACAAAAUGUUGUACUCUGCAGUUUACGCGUUUGUUCUUUUGUUUCUUGUAAAAAACAUCAAUUUUUCUUUGGCUACAGAACCAGUGUGUUCAAAAUUUGCUUACGAAGAACAGCUUUUGGAAAAGAUGAUUCGAACCGAAAUCAAGGUGGAAUCGAUAGAAAGUGAAAUAAAGAAAACUCAAGAUUCUGUCUUGAAUACCUUAAACGAAAUAAAGAAGAAAGCCGCCGAUAUCAUGGACAGAUUUGAAGACUUGAGAAAUAAUAUAACGGAUGAGACGGUUGCAAAGACCAAGGACAUGCAGAAGAAAGAGGAAUUCUUCCAGAAUUCAUUUGAGGAACUACGGAUGAAUUUCACGAACGACAUGGAGACUAAAAGAAAUGCUCUAACUGACCUCCAAGAUAAGAUGGCACAGCCUUCCGUUGCAUUUUAUGCACACCACGUGACAGAAACAACCCUUGAUAAGACCGACCAAAUCAUUGUAUUUGACAGUGUGUUAACAAACGAAGGAUCCGGAUACGACACUUCCACAGGUAUCUUCACAGCACCAGUCGAGGGGAUGUACCAAUUUACUGUCCAUAUUUGUACAUAUAGUGGAAAAUAUUCUUUCAUCGGUUUGGUGUUGGCAGAUAAAGUCAUUGCGAGCACAUCCAACUUUGCAAGUAACAGCUACACCUGCAAUUCAGUAGGAGCAAUAGCAAGAGUGAAAUCAGGGGAACAGGUCUGGGUAAAAUGUACCUCACCAGCGUUUAACCGCGAGUUACGUGAUGACAGUCAUAGAAUGAACACAUUCAGUGGAAUUAUGAUGUAUAAGUAAAACAAGCAGUACUGUACAACUGUAAUUGACAUCCAAAGGUUGUGGUAAUAAUAGUGUUUCUCCGUUUAUUCACUCCUUCAAAAAAGAUUUUUUUUUUCAAAAGCAUUAUGGUGAAUAAAUGAAUUGACAUGUUGAUAAGCAGCUACUUGAAGAUUCAAUACUUAUUGCAUUUUAUUAUCAUGAUUAAAACAUUUUUGAGACGAUAACAUGUUUCUUUAUGAUGAUCAAUAAAACGUCAGCCCUAAUACUUUAAAAAUAUUAUUUUGUAUUCAGUCUUAAAGCCGAAAACUGUUUUGCUUUCUUCCUUUUCUGUUUGUUAUUGUAUUGUAUGAAAUGCUUAAUAAUUAU